CCUCUCCUUUAAGACGGAGCGGACGCCCCCCGCCGCCCCUUCCCGGGCCUCCUAACAGCCUGCAGCGGCCCGCGGCUCUCAGCCGCCGGGACCCCGGCGCCCGCGCCCAGAGUCAUGAACCGCAGCAGCACGAGCAGCGCGGCCGAGAAAGCGCCCACAGUCAUGCUCUGGGGCUGUGAGCUAAACCAGGAGAAGCGGACCUGGACCGUCAAACCCCAGAAGGAAGGGAAGCAGGACUGUAAGCUGUUGCUCAGUACGAUUUGCUUGGGGGAGAAAGCCAAAGAAGAGAUGAACCUCGUGGAAAUCCUGCCCCCAGCCAGCCAGGAAGACAAGAAGGCCAAGCCCAUCACCAUCGCCUCUCUUCAGGCCUCGGUGCUCCCCAUGGUCAUGAUGGGAUUGGAGCUUUCUCCUCCAGUCACUUUCCAGCUCCGGGCUGGCUCUGGACCCGUGUUCCUCAGUGGCCAGGAAUGUUAUGACACUUCAGACCUGUCCUGGGAGGAGGAGGAGGAGGAGGACCUGGAGGAGGAGGAAGAGGAGGAAGAUGACAGCGAUGAUGAUGAUGAUGACAAUGAUGAUGUUGAUGUAGAUGUGUCCCUAGAGGAGGAGACCCCUCUUAAACAAGUCAAGAGGCUAGCAUCCCAGAAGCAGACAGGUGUUGCCAAGGUGAGGGAAGGGACACCCCCCCCCCACAGGCUCCUCAGAAACCUGGGCCAGGCCUCCCGAGUUGAGUGUGAGUGUACAGAGGCCUGGGGUCCUGCCAGGUGCCCAGCAGGAGUCUGCUGGCCCUGGACCCUGCCCUAACUGUCCCCAUGCUGCUUGUGUUUGCUUCCCAGAAAAAAAAGGUGGAAAAAGAAGAGGAGGCAGUGAGGUAACUCUUUCCAUCUGUUAACGUGGCCAAAAUCUUACAGCUGAAGCCUAUAGGGUUAGAAAGGGUCUGGCGUGUGUGCAUGUUUGUGACCACACAGAUGUGCUGUCUCUGAUGGCCAGCACAGCCUUUUUUGGAAGGCAUCAAAGUAUUCUUAUCUUCUGACCUAAUUCCACUCAUGGUAACCCCUUCCCAAGGACCCCAUCCAAAAUACAGGUAAAAUCAUAUGCACUAAGAAACUGAUCCCUGCAUUAUUCAAGUAAUAGUGAAAAAUGGAAGCAUUCUAAGUGUCUACCAAUAUAGUAGAUUAAGCUGGGUCACAUUUUCCCAGUAGAAUGUGACAUAAUGGCUAUGAAGAAUAUAGCAUCCUGGAAAGUGUUUACAGAAUUUAAAAAGAACAGGAUCUUAAAUCAUUUUCAUGUUAUUUCACAUGUUUUUAGAAGAAAAAGCAAAAAGUCCUGCAAGGAAACACAUCAAAAUGUUAAUACUGGUGGGAGGUAAAGAAACAAGUGAUUUCUAUUUGCUAUAUUUUGUGCAAUGUAGUUAAAUAUUACUUUUAUAAUGAAAGAGACCUAUUUGUGAUAAAUAAAAGAAAGCAGGUGGAAGUCUAAUAAGAAAACACCUCUUGUUAAAAUAAGAGAGAGUCAGAAUGGUCCCAGCAGGUGACGGGGUGGAGAGGUGAAUUCUGCAGCCUCCCAGCUCUCCAUAUCACAGCCCCUGGCUUUCCUGGAAGUGGCCAGGGCCCUGCAUUGCAGUGUAGGCAUUAGGAGGUUCUGGGCUACUGGUGUCCUGCUGAGCUCUCUCUCUUUCUCACCCUCAUCCCUUCUCCUGGCCUCCCCACCCUAUUCCAGACCCAGCCUUAAAGACAAGAGUCCUGUGAAAAAGGUGAGUACCAGGAGAAGGGGCUGGUCCUCCUGGGGGCAGAGGGAGGGAGUGGGACUCUGGUGCCCUCCCUUCUCUCCAUAGGCCAAACCCACACUCAAACCUAAAAAACCAGGAUCCAAGAAAUGAGGAGCCAGGAGUGGCCUGGCUGCAGUGACGGAGAGAGAGCCAGCUAGAACACCAUACAGAGUGGCCUUCCUGCGGGUGUGCUACAACCCCAUGUUCCCCCCACCCAGCCUCUCUCCCUCUGAGUCUGAAUGUGACGGAGCUGUUGAGGGCAACACAAGGGGCCCACACUCCAACUGUCAAGUUUCGGCAGGACCUGGAGGGAAGAGCCCUGACCUCAGAGCCCCAAUAAAGUUUGCUUUGCCGGGA